AUGGAUGCGAGCGGCCGCCGCGGGAGGGUGCUUUGGCUCGUCAGGCUCCAGAUUGUGUUGAUUCUAGUCUGGUCUGGAGGAGCUAGUGCAAAUUCCGACGACGGCAAAGCAUCGUUGUCGCUGGAAGGCGCGGAUGCUGGAGACAAGGAUGUUUACCUUAGCCAUUCUUGCAUCCAUGACGAAAUACUGCAUCAGCGGCGACGAGCUGGUCGAAAGGAGUAUUCUGUCAUGCCACAAGUCUACCAUAUGCCCCGAGAGAAAGUGGAGCGCGUAAGAGGCAGGCAAUUGUUGGGGGUGUCAUCUUGGCGUGCUCCACGGAGUAAUGUCAAGAAGCCAAUACGGAUAUACCUCAACUAUGAUGCUGUUGGACACUCACCCGACCGGGAUUGUAAAAAUGUUGGUGACAUUGUCAAGCUCGGUGAACCUCCUGUACCAUCGGCACCAGGAACACCUAUCUGUUCUCCUCAUGGAGACCCACCAUUGGUGGGAGAUUGCUGGUACAAUUGCACCUUCGAGGAUAUAGCUGGGGAGGACAAGAAGCAACGACUUCGGAAGGCACUGGGACAAACAGUAGAGUGGUUCAGAAAAGCUUUAGCUGUCGAACCUGUCAAGGGGAACCUGCGGCUCAGUGGGUACUCUGCUUGUGGCCAGGAUGGAGGCGUACAGCUUCCCCAUGCGUACAUUGAAGAUGGUGUUGCUAAUGCUGAUUUAGUACUCUUAGUAACAACUAGACCAACAACAGGCAAUACCCUUGCAUGGGCUGUAGCCUGUGAACGAGACCAAUGGGGUCGUGCAAUUGCAGGACAUGUUAAUGUGGCCCCUCGCCAUUUGACGGCUGAAGCAGAAACAUUACUUUCUGCUACUUUGAUACAUGAGGUCAUGCAUGUUCUAGGCUUUGAUCCUCAUGCCUUCACACAUUUUCGUGACGAAAGGAAAAGAAGGCGUGAUCAGGUUACUGUUCAGGCUUUGGACGAAAAGCUUGGAAGAAUGGUUACCCGUGUUGUCCUUCCUCGAGUUGUAAUGCACUCUAGGCAUCAUUAUGGAGCAUUUUCCCAGAACUUCAGUGGGCUGGAAUUGGAAGAUGGCGGAGGCAGGGGUACCUCAGGUUCACAUUGGGAGAAAAGACUCUUAAUGAAUGAGAUCAUGACUGGGUCGGUGGAUACAAGAUCAGUAGUUUCAAAGAUGACCUUAGCAUUAUUGGAGGACAGUGGAUGGUAUCAAGCUAAUUAUAGCAUGGCUGAGCAUUUAGACUGGGGUCGAAAUCAGGGAACAGAGUUUGCGAUCUCCCCCUGCAAUUCAUGGAAAGGGGCAUACCGCUGCAACACAACUCAACUAUCAGGAUGCACAUACAAUAGGGAGGCAGAAGGUUACUGUCCUAUAGUUAGCUAUAGUGGGGACUUGCCCAAGUGGGCUCAAUAUUUCCCUCAAGCCAAUAAAGGUGGACAGUCAUCAUUAGCUGAUUACUGCACAUAUUUUGUUGCUUAUUCCGAUGGCUCGUGCACUGACGUAAAUAGUGCACGAGCACCUGACAGAAUGUUAGGUGAAGUACGAGGAAGUAACUCGAGGUGUAUGGCUUCAACACUAGUGCGAACUGGGUUUGUCCGUGGAUCUAUGACCCAGGGAAAUGGCUGUUAUCAGCAUCGCUGCACAAAUAACUCCUUAGAGGUUGCUGUUGACGGCGUCUGGAAGUCAUGUCCAGAAUCUGGUGGCCCAGUUCAGUUCCCAGGCUUCAAUGGGGACUUGAUUUGCCCGGCAUAUCAUGAAUUAUGCAACACCGUACCAGUCCAAAUAAGCGGCCAGUGCCCCAAGUCGUGCAGUUUCAAUGGUGAUUGCAUUGCUGGAACCUGCCACUGCUUCCCUGGAUUUCAUGACCAUGACUGCAGUAGAAGAUCUUGCCCAGACAAGUGCAGUGGUCAUGGUAUAUGCAAAGCUAAUGGGAUCUGUGAAUGCGAAAAUGGCUGGACUGGAAUUGACUGCUCAACAGCGGUUUGUGAUGAGCAGUGUAGUUUGCAUGGAGGGGUUUGUGACAAUGGUAAAUGCGAGUUUCGAUGUUCAGAUUAUGCGGGCUACACUUGUCAAAAGGGUUCGACAAUACUGCCCAGCCUGUCAAUGUGUCAUGAUGUACUCGUUCGGGAUUCUGAUGGGCAGCAUUGUGCACCAAGUGAACUCAGCAUACUACAGCAACUCGAAGCAGUAGUUCUUGUGCCAAAUUACAAUAGAUUGAUGCCAAGUGGGCGGACUUUCCUUAACUUCUUCAACAAUGCCAAUUGUGCAGCAGCGGCGAAGCGGCUGGCUUGCUGGAUCUCAAUUCAAAGGUGCGACGAGGAUGGGGACAACAGGCUUCGGGUGUGCUACUCCGCUUGCGAGUUGUACAAUACGGCAUGUGGGGCGGGUCUUGAUUGCUCGGACCAGACCCUUUUUAGCAAGAGGGAGGAAGAAGAGAAGGGCGUUCCAUGCACAGGAUACGGUGAGAAGAAAUCUUCCUGGCUAUAA